UGUGCGCAGGCGCACCCUGGGAUUAAUGUCAAGGCACAAAAGUGGCGCUACACCGUUUCGAGCUCUACUCCGGUGGUUGCCUUAGCGAUGGACGGGGAGUCAGAACCAAGCCCUGCCGUAGCAGAAGAGGCAGGGGAGCAUGUGGAGCCCAUGGGUGCAACGCCCUCUCCCCAGCAAGAGAGCACGCCCCCCUCAGAAGAGGCUGGGGAGGCGGUUUCCAUGCUAACAGAAGAUGGAGCAACAAAGGAGGGUGGCACAGAGGACAAUGAUGAUGAUGAUGAUGUGGUUCUAGUAGGGGAGGAAGCCCCCAAGCCUUCUGCCACAACCCUUCCAAACGACACACCAAGCACAGACAGUCCCGAGCCGACUGCAGACAUGUCUACGGCUUCCAAGACCCCCCGGUCCCCUGCGUCUUCCAGCAUAACCACAGCAGCAGCGCCUAAACCUCCAACCACAGAAGCAGAGCCCAUUGUCAUUGACGACGAGGAGGACUCUGAGCAGAAGGACACUUCCUCCUCCUCGCCAGCACACCCUGGAGGCUCCUCCACCGCACACUCGCCGGUUGCACUCAGCAGCACCGAGCCGGAUUCAGAGAUCAGGAUCGCCAGCGUCACCACACUGGGCUCCAGUAGCCAGGAAGAAAGCGCCACAGUCUUUACAGUAAACACUCCACCACAUCCCGAAGAUGACCAAGGAGACCUGAACCUGAUGAUAACAUCGGUGACAUCGCUUCAGAGCGGGGAGGCGGUUGUCACGUUGGAAGGUGAAAGCCAUGCAGAGGAAAACGGUCUCCAGAUCAGCAGCGCGUUCAGCCUGAAUCCAGACACCCCACCUGGUCGACUGACGGCCUCCUUCAACCCUGGGCGGGGUCCCAUGGGCCAGCUGGUACAGAAUGGAGACACGGGGACGCACAAUAGAGCAGACUCGUGGAUCUCUCAGUCGGCUUCGGUCCCCCGCAACCAGAAACAGACGGGGGUCGACUCUCCGUCACCAGCCACCUCCCUCCCUAAACCUGCGGGCCAGUCUUCCUCGACGACAUCCUCCUCAGGCUCGCAGCCACAGCCAAGGACAGUCAAGGUGACCUGCGCUAACUGUAAAAAGCCUCUGAAGAAAGGACAAACAGCCUACCAGCGUAAAGGAUCAACACACCUGUUCUGCUCCACCACCUGCCUCUCUGCCUUCUCACACAAACCCGCCCCCAAGAAGAGCUGCACCAUGUGCAAAAAAGACAUCACAAACAUGAAGGGUACCAUCGUGGCCCAGGUGGACUCCAGUGAGUCUUUCCAGGAGUUCUGCAGCACGGGAUGCCUCGGAGCGUACGAGAACAAGCAAAACCCACCGAAGUCGGGCAUCAAAACCAAAUGUACCGUCUGCGGCAAGCUCACAGAGAUCCGACACGAGGUCAGCUUUAAGACCGUGACCCACAAGAUCUGCAGCGACACGUGUUUCAACGUUUACCGCAGAGCCAACGGGUUGAUCAUGAACUGCUGCGAGCAAUGCGGAGACUACCUGCCCAGCAGAGCGUCAGCCAACCACUUCCUGCUGGUCGACGGCCAACAAAAACGCUUCUGCUGCCACAACUGCAUCAGGGAGUUCAAACAGGUCAACAGUAAACUAGCGAGCUGCAACACUUGUAAAACGCUAAUAAAGACGGGCGAGGUGCUCCACAGCAUCGGAGCGGGCGGCGUCAUGUGCUCAUACUGCUCCGUCAACUGCAUGAACAAGGCCAAGCUGGCGCCAACCACCGUCAUUAACACAGAGCCCACAUGUCACUUCUGCAAGAGGAACUCAUUACCGCAGUACCAGGCCACGCUGCCAGAGGGAAACAUCCUCAACUUCUGCAGCUCGCAAUGUGUCACCAAGUUCCAGAAUGCUACAUUUCAAACAGCCACAAAUGGACAGUCGCCCAACUCCACCACAAACAACACCGUCCAGCUGAAAUGUAACUACUGCAGAGGAGCGUUCAGCCUGAAGCCUGAAAUCCUGGAGUGGGAGGAUAAAGCCUACCAGUUCUGUAGCAAGGCGUGCUGUGAGGACUACAAGAAGCUCCACUGCAUCGUGACGUUCUGCGAGUACUGCCAAGAGGAGAAGACGCUUCAUGAGACGGUUAAGUUCUCCGGGGUCAAGAAACCCUUCUGCAGCGAAGGUUGUAAGCUGUUAUUUAAGCAGGAUUUCAUCAGGCGGCUGGGUCUGAAGUGUGUCAGCUGUAACCACUGUAACCAGCUCUGUAAGAGAGGUGUGACUAAGCAGCUCGGCGGCAUGACGCGGGACUUUUGCAGCGAGACGUGUGCCAAGAAGUUCCACGACUGGUACCACAAGGCGGCAAGAUGUGACUGCUGUAAGGUGCAGGGGAACCUGACAGAGUCUGUGAUGUGGAGAGCGGAGAUGAAGCAAUUCUGUGACCAGGAGUGUCUGCUGAAGUUCUACUGCCAGCAGAACGAGCCCAUCAUGGUCACUCAGAAAGGCCCCGAGAACACAACCAUAGGGUAUCAAAUGCAAGAGGCAAAACUCGGGACGGCGACUCAGGCUACUUCGCCGUACGCAGGCGGAGGUCUGAUGAGAGACGUCAAGAAUAAGGCGGUGCUCUGCAAGCCGCUCACGAGGACCAAAGCUACUUACUGCAAACCACACAUGCAGAGCAAACUUUUACAGACAGAUGUAGAUGAUGGUGUGAAGAGGGAGUACGUCCCUGUACCCAUACCUGUACCUGUCUUCAUCCCCAUGCCCAUGAAUAUGUAUUCCCAGGUCACCCCCACUCCAGUCGCUCUGCCUGUACCGGUUCCUGUGCCUGUGUUUCUGCCCACCACCCUGCAGGGGGCAGAGCAGAUCGUCCAGACCAUCAACGACUUGAAAAACAAGGUGGCGUCUGACUCUGUGGAGGCCGGCCUGAUCUCUAUGGCUGAGAUGAUCAUGGAGGACCAAAAACCAGAUGUGAAGCUGGUGAAGGUGAAGAGAGAGAGAGGAGAAGGCGAGUCUUCCAGCAGCAGCAGCAGCUCGGAGGAAGAAAAAGAGAAAAAGGAGAAGGUGAAAAAGGAGGAGAAAAAAGAAGCAGAAGAAGAGGAGGAGGAGGAGGAGGAGGAGGAGGAGGAUGACAAGUAUGAGCCAGACUUAGACCUGGAGGCCGACUUCCCUCAAGCCUCAGAUCCUGCUCCAGUCCUGGAGGGAAUGGACGAGGACAUGGGUUUCUCUCUACCUCCUGUUCUGGCAGAGGAGAAGGAGGAGCCGGAGGAGUCUGUACCUCGACCGCAGCCACGAAGACUAGGGAACAAGAGGCAGGCAGUAGAGGAGAGCUCAAAUCCGGCUUCGUCCUCUUCCUCGAAUCCAUCAGGAAAACCCUCAGAAGGACGAUCGCUGCCUCUUAAAGCUCGCUACGGCAUCUACGCCUGGAGACGCUGGGCGAUGUCUGCUCCUGACAAAUCACACAACGCCAAAGCAAAGGAUCACUCCAAAACAGCUCGGUCUAAAAGUAAUCUUUUGUCGCUGAGUUCAGAGGAGCUGAAUGUGGCUCUGUCCCGGUUUGUUAGGGAGGUCUGCAGGCCCAGUGGGGAGCGCUACUCUCCAGACAGCAUCCUCUACCUCUGUCUGGGGAUCCAGCAGCAUCUUCAUGCCAAAGGCCGGGAGGAUGACCUGUUCAGUGACCCGUGUUACCAGACGUUUGGAGACGAGCUCAACAAAGUCCUGAAGGACUGGCAGCCCAGUGUGCUCCCUGAUGGCUCGUUGUGGGGACGCGUGGAGGAGCAGAGUCUGUGGAGCAGCCGGCAGCUCGGGGAGCAGAGUCCUGCCGCUCUGCUGCGCUCUCUGGUUUACCUGAACACCAAAUAUUUCGGCCUGCGCACCGUGGAGCAGCACCUCCGCCUCUCCUUUGCCAAUGUCUACGGCCCCGACACCGUCCAUCCUGUCACCAAGGAGACCACCGUCUGCAUCCGCGUGCCUUCCAUCUCUCAGGAUCACAAUGUGCAAACAGAGUCGAGGAAGAGGAAGCGGAAGUCGGAGGACGGGGAUCAGGACUCUGAGCGAGAUGACGACUCGGGAGGCUCCACCGUACGCUGCCCGGUUAAGAAGCACGAGUGUCACCUGUAUGAGCUCUACAGAUCCAAGUGCCCUGCGUUGCUGCAGGAGCGUUUGGAUGUCUUCUACGUUCAGCCCGAUCCAGCCUACAGUCCUGAAGAUCCGCAGUGGUUCAGCUCCACGCCGCUGGAGCGACGGAUCCUGGAGAGCCUCCUCACCAGAGUCCUCCUGGUCAGGGACGUUUACACAGACAAGCAACACCUGGAGGAAGACGAGGAGGAAGAGGACCGGGGUGAUGCAGUCGGGGGAGAGUAGCAGAAGCUUUGACUUUUUUUUAUUUUUAGAGUCUGAACAGAAACUAAAGAGGAGGAUAGCUAAUAGAGUAUGUGCUGCUCCUCCCCUGACGUAACAUCUGCUCCCAUCUCCCCUCCUCGCUGACUGGCUGUGUCCUCCUGGUGAGGAGCGUCCAACACGGGGGAACUUGACAGAGUAGAGGAUGAAGAAAAUGGCGCUGAAGAGCAGCUCAAACUGUUGCUGAUUGGUUCUCAAGUAGAGGAGGAGAAAGAUGUGACCUAAGUUUAAACGGAGGAUGAGGAGUUGGGGAUAAAGGAGGUGUGAUGUAUUCUUGUGUUCAAAGUAAAAUCAGGUAGAUGGCAGACUACAUUGACGCUCAUCAUCGAGAUAUAUGGAGAACGUUAGACGUACAGUUGUGCACCAACAGUUCUGAGGGCAUCGUUGAAAUUAUGAAAUCAUGCUUUAACAAACAUUUCUGCAUCCACCAGGAGGCUACGAGGAGGAGGAUGAAGGCUGACGCUGGUUUUACAAAGUUGUGAGCAGGAAAUGACACUCAGGAGGUUAAAAUGUCAUCUUUGAUGCAGGCAGAAGUUCAGCUUCCUAAAAAUAGAAACAGAGCUGGUUGAAGUCGAGCCAUCAUUCACAACUGAGCUAAAUUUAGCAACUAUAAGUGCUACUUUGAUUUCUAUUUUUCAACUUGUAUGAUCUUAAAAAUGCCAAUGAUGUGGUUAUGUCCAAUGAUACUUCACUGACGACCAUUCCUCCUCCUUAGAUGGUUGCAAAGUUUGGAUUUGUACGAAAUGAUUUUGAUAAAUUUCAGAUUUUAAAGUCAUGCACACCCACACACCUGUUCUCUUUUUUUUCUACCCCCCUCAGCUAGAAUUUUGGCAAAAUGUACUGUGCGGUUGCUUAAAGGCAGGACUAUCAGGAUGUAACAAGGGGAUGGUUAAAAUCAGUUUCCGCAGCCAGAACAAUAACUCUGUUCUGCUCGUGUAUCGUCAUUAAUCUGUGCCUGGUGUUGUUUCUCUUUGCUGAAUUAAGAACUGCUGCAGACAUGGGGGUUCACUCCAUUUAUCAUAGAAAAGAACGGGGAAUAAAAUCUGUUCUAAAUGCCUAUAUGUCAUAAAUUGUUGGUUUUCCUGUCAGUUUUAAUCGGCCACGUGCAGCAAAUAUGAGUUUCCAUCUUUUGGGUUUGAUCUCCAGCCGGCUCUGGUUUAAUCACAGGUCAUACUCGUUAUCCUUUGACCAGACAAAAUUAUUUUUUUUAGCCUUUUGCAUCACAGUUUUUAGCACUUAUAUUACCAGGCUACACCCUUCAGUUUGAGAAAUGUUGCCCCCUAGUGUCUUUCCGUUGCACUUCCCCCCUCAUGACGGUGGAGUUUCUGACUUUCCGACAGUGCAACCUAACGCCAUCAGCCUCCUCCUCCUCCUCCCACGUCUGGGUAGCCUUCUGUUUCACACAUUCACCCGCACUGCACUCAUUUCGCUCUUCCUCCAUCAGUACUGCUCUCAGGCGAAACCUUUGCACCACAGAGGACCUUUCAGCUCAGCAGGAUUCAGGACUGCAAAAGAGGAACGGACUCUGACGGGCCUCCCUCGCCGUGGUGCAGGGGGUAAAAGGCAACCUCAUGCUGACAUGCUGCGUUUCUUUGUAAGACACAGGGGGAACCCUCAUCCAUGCAAUGUAGCAUUAAGAGCAUACUAAGCCCAGAUUGGGUUGCUUGGACGUGUAAAUAUCUCUGGAACAAGGUGAUGAAUCAACACAGACGACACUGCAUAGUUUGGUUGACAGAGAAACUCUCAGUGAAACCUUCAUCUUGAAAACCCGCCUCCUGACAAGCCUUUUCUUUUUUUUUUAAAGACUCGUUAUUUAUUUCAUUUUUUUUUAUUACUUUGACUGUGUCCCCCUUUUACGUCACAAUGGGAUCAUCAUGGCUCCCACUUCCUUCUCACCCAUCAUUCAUUGCAAAAGCCGCUACAGCCCUGCACCCCUCGCCUCGUCUUUGAGAAGGUAUCGUUUGCGAACCUGUGAAACAUGAGGGACGCAGAUCAUUCAGACCGUUUUCCCCCUUGUGCUUUUGACCACCCUGUGUUUUUUCCUCAAGUCAAGACAGAUUUAGUUUGAACAUGAGCGUUUGGUUAUUAAGCGCUUUAUUCUUCCUCCAAGCUGUUUUUGAGUCCAUGCACUGCAAAAGUUACUUUGUUAAAGUCUGAUACUUUUAUUUUCACAAACUCAAAUCCUAUUUUUUUUCUUCCAGUGUUCAUUGUUUAUUUCCUUUUUUAUUUUUUUACUUUUAUUUGAAGUUUCUUCAGGAUUGUUUCAAUAAAAAUUAAGAUGUGUCAUCAAGUAAAAAAGGUGUUCAUAUUUUUUUUUUAUUUGAUUUUUUUACGGGCUUUUCUUGACCACAUUUAUACCACGCUGUAAAACUACAUUUGAACACUAAGCAGUGUGUCUUUGGCUUAUAUUUUAAGGAAUACCCUCCAGAUGUUGAGUUACAAAAAUCUGUGAACAUGAGAAUUGUCUCAAAAUGUUCAAACAUGUCGUCUUUGCAGGAUCCUCAUCAGUUUUGUUUCAUCCUAAGAGCUACGUUCCAGUUACUUUGUGCACUUGACUCUGCUGCAGUCACCGGUCUCGAUUUGCAGAGAGACACUUCAGGAACAGAGUCGGUGGAUUCAGAGGGAGGGAGGGAUCUGGUUUUCUGACACCAGAUCAGUCACCAGCCCAAAACCCAGUCCUUUAAACUUGACUGAGGAAGUUAAGAAAA